AUGGGCCAUAAAGUCUCAAAACAGAUUGGAGACGAGAUACGAAGGGCGAAAUAUUUUUCUCUAAUCAUAGAUUCAACACCAGAUAUAGCACACGUAGAUCAACUUACUCUUGUUAUUAGAUACGUUUUAGAAUCAGGCGAACCGUGUGAAAGAUUUGUUAAGUUUUUGCCGUCGGUGGGACAUAAAGCUGAAGAAAUGUUUUCUGUCAUUAUUUCGGAGCUCGAAACACUGGGCAUAAAUAUUGAAGACUGUCGUGGGCAGUCAUAUGAUAAUGCCGCGAACAUGUCUGGCAUGUACAAUGGCUUGCAGGCAAAAAUUCGAAAUCAAGCACCUUUCGCAUUUUACGUGCCUUGCUCUGCCCAUUCUUUGAAUUUAGUGGCAACUGCCGCUGCUGAAUCGUGUAUAGAAGCAUGUCGCUUUUUUAUGACGCUACAGGAAAUUUAUGUUUUUUUUGUAAGCUCGACACAACGCUGGCUUAAAUUAAUGACUGAAAUCGGGAAAGGCAAAACCCUGAAAAGAGUGAAUCUGACACGUUGGUCAGCGAGGGAGGACGCGUGUAAAAGCUUGAGAGAUUCUUGGCACGAAGUUCUUAAGACUUUGGAAUCAAUCAAAGACGAUUGUACCGAAAAGCCUGUAACGCGACAAGAAGCGGCGGGAAUACUCUUGAAUUUGGAGAAACUGGAAACGGCGGCUUCCGCCGUAGAUUUGAUCACCGUUGCCGAUCUUUACGAAUCACUUCGUAAGUUUUUCGUAGCUGAACGAGAUAAUUUCAAGUAUUUCGAAGAAAAGGCGAUGGAGAUAAACGUAUCGAAACAGUACACAACAGAAAUCGGAAAAAGGCAACCGAAAAGAAAAAAAAGAUUUGAUGAAACAUCAGAAGAAGUUAUUACAAUGACUGCGAGUGAAAGUUUCAGAGUUAACACGUUUCUCGUCCUCGUAGAUAGACUGGUGACCGAGUUAGAAAAACGGCAAAACGCCUACAACGAUUUUAACGAGAAGUUUUCAUUUCUAACCAAAAUGAGUGAGUUGACACCCACGACCCUGACGGAAAAAGCUCUUUCCUUGGAAAAAAUAUAUCCCAAUGAUUUAGAAACUGAUUUAGUUCAGGAAUGCGUACACUUUCAAUGUCACAUUUCUUCUGAAAGAAUUUUGAUAAAACCAGAUUCUGGAUCAUUGAAAAGUCUAUCUUUGUUUCUACGAAAACAGAAUUUGGAGAACAUUUAUCCAAACUUGGAUAUAGCACUUCGUAUGGCUCUAUGUACACCAGUGACAAAUUGUUCAGGUGAGAGAAGCUUUUCUUGCUUAAAGCGAGUAAAAAACUAUCUACGAUCUACUUUAAGUCAAGAAAAGCUUAACGCCUUAUCUCUUUUGUGCAUAGAGUCAGAACUAAUGAACAAGAUCUCAUACGACGAUAUAAUUAAUAAUUUUGCGAAUUUAAAAUCUCGCAAAAAGUUAAUGUAA